AAUGGACUAUAAAGUGCUGCCAAGGCAAACGAAAGCCUCUUGCUUUCCUUUCGCACAGGCAAGCAGUGCUGCACAGGCAGCAAUCAAACUCUUCUCCUUGAGACCCUGCAGUCCUUCCAUUGUGCUGUUUUCUCAGCAGCCAGGCAGGCAGAGACUUCAUCAUGGUGAUCUAUGUCUCCGUGGCCCUAAGGCCAGAUUAAUACAAGGCAUCCCCCAAACCACCUGCAGGCUGGAGCUGCCAGGGAGGAGAAGUCUGACUGCUCAAGGGCCCUCACCUGGGGAAGCUGGCCAACCCUGUGCUCAGCAACUGCAUUUGCAAGAGCCUGUCGGAGCGAAAGAGUGGGAACAGUUCCUGGCGGAAAGACAGAGAGCUGCAUGGGGCUGCAAAGCGGCAAAUGCUGUUUCUAGGGUGAGCUGCAGCCAGAAAGGACAUAUGGGGAAAGGAAGAGGACGCAGGGGGGAAAAAGCAGAGAUCACAACACUGCUGCAAACUCUGUGGGUCCCUUCCCCGGCCUCCUUUGCUCCCAGCCGUUGCCAACAGCAGCCGGGGAGGCUGCAGUGCACACCAGGAGAGGGGUGUCCCUCUCGUAAUGCUGGUUGUAAUGCAGGGAGAAUAUUAAUUGUGAAACAUUAAAGCACCAUAUAAAACGUGUGUAUACACGCACACACGUAGUGUAAACAUACAAAUAAAUCUUAUCACUUACAAACGCCUAGGAUUUAAAAUGUAGUUUAUCGGCCUAGUGCAACCCAAUCCUAUAAAUAAUACAUUCCUAUCACUAUGACCUCAAAAUGUCAAUACUGCACAGCCCUGUGCAUUUGCAUAUCUUGUACUGUCUAAACUUGAAGCAUGUCAGCUAUGUG